AUGUUCCCGCCACAGCAGUCCAUCGACCUUGAUCUGGCCGCUUUGUCUGGGAUCUGUGGUAGCAUCAGCAUCGCUUGCUGGAUCGUUGUGUUCAGUCCACAAAUCAUUAAGAACUUUCAGCUGUCAUCAGCAGACGGCUUGUCCAUCAAGUUCUUGGUCAUCUGGCUAGCUGGAGAUGUAUUCAACAUUCUGGGAGGUGUUCUGCAGGGUGUCCUGCCGACAAUGUUGAUCCUGGCCGUCUACUACACCUUCGCAGACAUUGUCUUGAUAGGACAGGUGUUCUACUAUCGCGGCUUCACGCUCAGCGACCACUCUCCUGCGGCUGAGAACGGGCAUACUGUGACUAAUGGAGACCAUGAGCGACGACCAUUGCUACAUGAGGACGUUGUGACCGCGCCGCCCUCGCGAGACGAGCCCACAGGCCAUGAUGGCGAGCGCCGGUACACGUCUUUCUCUCAACUUGACGGCGCGCACCUCUCGCCUGUCACACCGCUCCGUGAACCGCUGGGACCCGAGUCAGACGCGCCGUACAAGUCAAGCAAAUCCACCUCCUUGCUGAAGACAAUUAUUCUCAACAUCGGUGCCGUCCUCAUGGUCUGCGGCGCUGGCAUCCUUGGCUGGUGGCUUUCUCAGAACGGUCACAGAUCACACCAUCAUCACCAUCAUCAUCAUCAACCCAAACACUCGCACGUACCCGAUUACCCAGAGUAUGAUGCCUGGGGCCAGUUUUUUGGCUACGUCUGCGCCGCUCUGUACCUCGGCUCACGCCUCCCUCAGAUCAAGCUUAAUUAUGAUAACAAAUCCUGCGAAGGGCUCUCGUUCCUCUUCUUCCUAUUCGCAUGUCUGGGCAACCUCACCUUUGACAUCUCAAUCUUUGCAUACGAUCCGACCCCAGUAUGUGUCGAAGGUGGUGGUGUAGGAUUGUGCGGCACGGGAGAGGCAAAGGAGAUAUAUUUGAGAUAUUUGGGGGUGAACACAAGUUGGAUCAUUGGAAGCUUCGGUUGCUUGCUGCUAGAUCUUGUGGUAUUUGCUCAGUUCUUCAUGUACAGGAAGGAGGAGAGUCUGGCUGAUCUGGAGGAGGAAGAAUGGGCUGUUCACGGAGAUGCCAGAUGA